CCUGUUGUAUGGACUAUAUCAAGGGAUUUGUUUCUGUAUUCGGGGCAAGUGCAUUUAAGCAGAAUUUAAAUGCACGAUAAAUACAAUCGGCACACCUGUAAACAUUGUAACUACGUUAUCACAUGGGUUAGUUUACAGUGUUGAACGGAUCACCCGUUGCUAUUGUGCCGUGGGAAGUCCUCCGUAACUGGAAUAAUAUUGUCUAAAUGCGGACAUGGGUGUUCCUUUGGAUUCGCAUCUGUUUUCGCUGUGCUCAUAAUUUCUACGCAGAUUAAGGCACGCAUGCCAUGCUUUCCCUUGUCUAUGUGGAUAUGAACUUUCUUAGAGCUUCUGUUUCGACGAUCACAUGUUGGAUUCUGUCACUGUUUAAUAUCAAGAUGCUCCACGCGAACAUGUUGCGCCCUUACUUUUGGAAACAACAACAAAAACCUCGGACAGAAAUGUAAAAAUUUAACAUUUUAUACUUAAAUCAAGGACCACACUUCUAAACGCGGAGGAGAAUGGCAUCGAAAGAAAGAUUGUAUGAGCUGUGGAUGUUGUAUUACACCAAGAAAGAUGUGGCUUACCUGCAGCAGUGGCUGGAGGCCUUUGUGGCAUCCUUUGAGCGGCUCAUUGAUGUGCAGUCGCUGGUGCCCCGGCGGGUGGAGGAGGGCUGCUCUGAGGUGCCCCUGCUGCCUCGUGAGGUCCUAGUGCUGCUCAGCACCCAGCUGUGGCACAGCGCCCUGCACCUCUCUGGGUCCGAGCAGGGCAACAGCACCCCUCACCCGCUGCUGCUCAUCAAGUUCUUCAUCAUCGUCUGCAGGAAUAUGGAAAAUAUUGACCCUGACAAGACCCCUAGCUUUGUGUUUGAGACAAUAAAGCUGUUGAAUUUCUGCUUGACUCAGCUGAAGAAGCAGCCAGAGGAUCAGUCAUCACUUCAAUCAGUGGUCCAGUAUGGGCUGCUUCUGUGUGAGAGUAUCUAUGACCCUUACCAGAUCUGGAGGAGACGCCUGUCAGGGGAGGAUGUAAGUCUGAUGGAGAGGAGCAGGUAUAAGUUCUCCCCUCUUCCUCUGCCAGAAGAGCUACCAGCUCUGUUCCAUGAUACCUUACAGGCCAGCGAGCAGAUCCCAGAGCUCCUCACGCUUCGAUUGGUCGAUCUCCAAGGGGCUGUCAUCAGUGGGAGCAAGAAGAACGGCCUGCUCUCCAUCACCCCCAACUCUGUGAAAGACCUGUUCUCCGUGCUGCGGGCCUGGUGUUGCCGCGACCCCCCCAAGCCCAAGGACCCCAGCCUGCUAAGACUGACCCUGCAGUGCCUGACUGCAAUGAUCCACACCCUCCACGGCAGCAGCCCAGCUGAGCGGCAGGUGGAGAUUAAGACUGUGCUUGACGGCUACUUCCAGGUCCUCAACUGGAACCGUCCCCUGGGCAGCGAGCCGGGGGGCGGGCGAACCUGGGAGGACAGCCUGAUCACCCUACAGAGCCAGAUGCUUACUGCGAUGCCAGAGAUCCUACAGUGUCCUGACAGGCCUGUGCUGCAGGCCAUCUUCCUCAACAACAACUGCUUCGAGCACAUUCUCAGGCUCAUCCAGAACAGCAAGCUCUAUCAGAGCAACAAGAGUAGGAUGGAGUGUGUGUGUGACCUCACCACACGUUUACUCACAGAGGUGGAAGUGGACCAGAGUGUUUGUGGUGUACAGGUUUGGGAGAAGGGUUCAGACUGUAUCACAGUGCAUGCUCUGGGGGUCCUCACGGCCAUCAUGAGUAACUCCCCCUCUGCCAAGGAGGUGUUUAAGGAGAGGAUCGGCUACUCCCAGCUGUUUGAUGUUCUCAAGAGUCAAGGCCAGCCCACCAAGAGGCUGCUACAGGAGCUGAUGAACAUGGCAGUGGAAGGGGAGCACGCCCACGCACUCCACCUGGGCAUCAGCAACGACCAGCCCCUGUUGCUGCUCCUGCAGUGGCUGCCCGAGCUGAGCACCCAGCGGGAGCUGCAGCUACUGGUGGCCCAGUGGCUGGCGGCCGUGUGCGGAGGCUCCCUAUCCUGCCGCACCGUGGCAGUGGAGGCCGGCCUGGUGGGAGCACUGCUCCGGGUCCUGGAGGUGCCCCAGCACCUGGACAGGCAGUGUGCCGAUGCCCUGCUGGGCCUGCUGCAGGACCUGGGCUCCCUGUGCCUCCGGCCGGGCGAGCUGAAGAGCCUGCUCCGCCUGCUGAGGGUGGACCAGGGCAGCGGGACCGGGAGGGCGUCUGGGAGGGGCUCACACCCGUACUGUGCCCGCAUCAUCAGGGUGCUGUCAGCCAUGGCGGCCAGGGAGGGUAGAGACAGCGCCCUGCAGUACUUUGACCUCACGCCCCCCAUGGCGGGCAUCAUGGUGCCCACAGUCCAGCGCUGGCCGGGCAGCGCCUUCGCCUUCCACGCCUGGCUCUGCCUCAACGCUGACUUCCCUCCUUAUCACUCUGAGUUCUCCACUCCCAGUACCCCCUUGCCCACCGCUGGCACGGGGGCCCCGCGAGGCAUGGGGAAAGGCCCUCGCAGGAAACAACUCUACAGUUUCUUCACGGCCAGCGGGACGGGACUGGAGGCCUUCUUCACCAUGGAGGGGGUGCUGGUGGUGGCUGUGUGCACUAAGAAAGACUACAUGGCUGUUUGCCUACCUGACAAUCCUCUCACAGACUGCUGCUGGCAUUCUGUGGACAUCGUCCACAUCCCUGGCCGUCGUCCAUUUGGACAGAACAUGGUCACCAUCUACAUAGACGGAGAGCAGUGUAAGACUGCCCAGCUGCGCUUCCCCUCUUUCAAUGAGCCUUUCACCUCUUGCUGCAUCGGCUCCGCGGGCCACCGGACCACUACUACCACCACCACCACCUCCCCUACCCUGCCUCCCCCGUUAUCCCAGUCAGGGGAGUUUGCCUUUCCCGCUCACGCCUCCCCCCUCACCCGCUCCCAGUCCUUCCCGGCCACCUUUGCGGGGGGGCGCUGGGGGUCGCUGCAGGAGUCCAACGUGCACACCAUCCCCGCUGGGCUGCAGGACACGGAGUGGGGGACGCCGAGCUCUCUGGACGGCCUCCUGGGAACUGCCUUCAUCUGCCAUGAGGCCCUGCAACCGCUACAGGCCAAGGCGCUCUAUGCCGCAGGCCCCAACCACGUGUCUCUGUUCAAGGCGGAUGGAGAGCUUUCGGACCUCAACAGCAAACUCCUCCUCUACUACACUCCACAGGCUUUCAAGAACCAGAUUUGUCUGGAUCUGUCUCCCAACCACCAGUAUGACGGCAGGCUAACUGGACACCAAGUGGUUAACUGGGACAUCAAGGAUGUUUUGAACACGGUGGGGGGCAUGGGAGUGCUGCUGCCCCUGCUGGACCAAGUGUGUGAGGCCGAGCAGGUGGACGGAGUUGGGCAGGAGACCUCCGACCUCCUGGGACCAGAGCUCACCUCCUCAAGAGGGCCCGUCGGCAUGCUGUUGCCACUGGGCAAGUCCUCCGAGGGCCGUCUGGAGAGAAACAGCAUAGCCGCCUUCCUGCUGAUGGUGAAGAAUCUGAUUCGCCAUCACCCCGUCAAUAAUGAGAGCCUGCUGAACUGCCAUGGCCCUGCCAUCAUAGGAGCCAUGUUGAGCAAGGUGCCGGGCAGCAUGAUGGACAUGAGUGUUCUGAUGGCAUGUCAGUUCCUGUUGGAGCAGGUGUCCAGCGAGGGGAACAGCCCUCUGCUCCUGCAGCUCUACCAGCACCUGCUAUUUGACUUCCGCAUCUGGAGCAACAGUCACUUUGCUGUGUGUUUGGGCCAUGUCCAGUACUUGUCCACGGUGAUCAAGGAUGGCAAGCAGCGCAUGAGGAGGAAGUACGGGGUGCAGUACAUCCUGGAUACCAUACGGACGCACUACAGCAUGGAGAAAGACGGCAGCCGCCUGUCUGAUGAGAAGCAGACGGUCCAGAUCUCUCUGUUCUCCCUGCUGAGGGAUUUCCUGCUCAGGUCUCCCAGCCCAGAGGAGCUCCACAGUGUCCUGGCCUACACGCUCGCCGUGGGAGAGGAACAGCAGGUGGUGAGUGCGCUGGACGUGCUGUACUGUCUGUUGCGGAGCACGCCCCCCAGAGAAACGGUCCAGACGGUGCUGGUGGAGUGGGGUGUGGAGCAGCUGUACUGCCUGCUCCUCACCCCCACCUUGGGGGACGAGGCCCGCGAACGAGUCUUCAGGGUACUCUACAAAAUCCUGAAGAGUGAAAGAGUGCCUGAACGGACUAAGCACCGCGUCAAGCUGAAGGAUUUUGGCUACCUAGGCCUGGUCUGUUUCCUUGGAGACAUCCCUGUAACCAUGACCACUGUGCGGUGUCUGUACGAGCAGGUUCUUGCAACAGAUGCCAGCCCUAGCUUCAGAGACCUCCUGGCUGUGGUGUAUCUGUCACACAGAGCUGAGCUCACUGUCCGUCUGGACGUGUGUCGCAAGCUCUUCCACCUGAUCUACUCCAGCGAGGACUACGUCAGGCAGCUGGCUCGUCAGCCCGGCUGGCAGGACGUCCUCACUAAGCUCUAUGUGAAGGAGUCCUACGAGUCCCGAGCAGCCAGCAUGGAGGACUCCAGCACCCCCAGCUCCCUGGAGCCCCCCGCCCGCCUCCUCCUCCGCCCUCCCCUCCGCCCCCCCCUCCGCAGGGACCACAGCAUAGUUAUAGAGGACACCCGGCCCGACCUUUUCCUCACGUACACCUCACGGGAUGAAGAGGAUGAGGAAGAAGGAGGCCUGCGGGACCUCUCAGAGGGUUUCUCCAACCUCUCCCAGUCACCCCUUAGCGGCGGCGGGGGGCAGCUGAAGAGCUACGGACACUCGUUGCAUUUUAAGUCCUUUGACUCAAUGGAGCAGGGGAGCCACUCGUCCUCCCUGUCCAACACGGUGGACAUCCCCUCAGCCCGUCCCGAGGAGGAGGGGCUCUACCACCCCCUCUCCCCCUUUGGCACCUCCCCCUUUGAACUGGAGCUGGGGGAGGCGGGCACAGGGACGGGCACCAUCACACCCGCAGGCAGUCAGGGAGACACCCCGUCCCCCCUGGAGCACAGCAAGCCCUUCCCCUCUCUGAGGCCCAGGAAGAGCUCCAGUCUGUCCAAUGUGCUUGACGACGCCAGCUAUGGAACAGACCCUCCCACUGGAGACACCAUCUCCAACACCUCCAACCCUCAGCAGACUCCGGAGGAGGAGCUGUGUAACCUAUUGACCAACAUCGUGUUCUCCGUGCUGUGGAGUGGCAGCGGGGCCGAGGGUGGCGAGGACGCCGUCUGGAGGGAGAGGGGCCAGGUCUUCUCUGUCCUCACCAAGCUGGGCUCCUCCUGCCAACUGGUGCGCCCACCCGACGACAUCAAACGAAGCCUGUUGGAGAUGAUGCUGGAGUCGUCCCUGUCGGACCUGCGAGACGCCCAGGGUCAGUCUCUGCCCCACUGUCCCAGCCUGGUGCGCCUUCUCAGGCUGCUCCAGGACUUCCUGUUCGCUGAGGGUACCGACAACCACGCUCUGUGGAGCGAGAAGAUCUUUGAGGGGGUGGUGAACCUGCUGGACAGGCUACAGGCAUGGCACUGUGCCCCGGGCUCCCCAGGCUCUCUGGAGCUCAGGGAGAUGGCCUAUAUCGGCCUGCGCAUCAUCACAGGAUACAUCCAGCAGCAGGACUCUCAGGUGUGUGUGAUGGCUUGUGUGAAGCUCCACAGCCUCCUCCAGACAGUGCUCUGUCUAAAGUGGGUGGAGGUGUGUUUCCUGCUGGGCCGCUUGGGCGCCCCCCUGUGGCCAAAGGGUGUCAUGGUGGACGCCAACGGCGGGCACGCGGAGACCUUCUCCCGGCUGGUGCCCAUCGUACGCACCCUCCUGGACCAGCACGCUGACCCCGUCACGCUGCAGUCCCUGCUGCCUAACCUUCCUGUGACCAAUGGUAGCCCCACCUUCGCUCAGGACCUGCAGAACUACUGUCACACCGUGGAGUGGCAGGACUUCUACCAGCAUCAUGUCCAACCCACUAUGGAACAGUAUGAGUUGGACACGUUUGGGAAGAGCCACGACCUCAUGUCCAACUUUUGGAACUCCUGUUUUGACGACCUCAUGAGCACAGCCAUACGGCGAGACAAAGACAAAGGAGACAGCAAAGCCAAAUUCCAGGAGGCCAUUGUGGACCCUCACCUGAAGCGAGUGCGCAGUGAGAACAACAGGUACCACAGCAUACAGAAGCAGAGCUCCAGCCAGCAGGGGGUGGUGUGGCGUCACUGGAAGUCCCUCCGCUGCCUGCUGACCAGCGAAAGAGGCCCCUGGGCAUACAGAGAUCCUCCAGUGGUUAAAUGGAAGCUUUCCAGUGCAGAGACCUACUCCAAGAUGAGGCUAAAACUGGUCCCCAACUACCAGUACGACACCCACGCAGAGGCUAGCGCUUUCAGAGACAACAUGGGAGCUGAAAGUCCCCGCAGUUCUGAACCCCUCCCCCUUGCUGUUGCCAAGGAAGCAAAAGUGAGUGACAUGGAGGACGACCAAUUGGGAGAAGAGGACAUUGUCUUUCUGGACAACCAGGUGGAGGGGGAGGAUGAGAGUCAGAAGGAGAAGCUGGUGCUGUCGGAGGACUGCGAGCUCAUCACCAUUGUGGCAGUGGUUCCUGGUCGUCUGGAGGUCACCACUCACCACCUCUACUUCUACGACUACAGCAGUGAAAAAGAGGAGACUGAGGAGGGGAUCGGGUUUGACUUCAAAAGGCCUCUGUCUCAGCUGAGAGAGGUGCACCUGAGACGCUACAACCUGCGCCGGUCAGCCCUGGAGCUCUUCUUCAUAGACCAGUCUCACUACUUCAUCAACUUCAGGAAGAAGGUGCGGAACAAGGUGUACUCUAGGAUCCUGGGGCUGCGGCCCCCCAACCUCUUCUACUUCGGCUCCCGCUCCCCACAGGAGCUGCUGACGGCCUCUGGGCUCACACAGAAAUGGGUGUGCAGGGAAAUUUCUAACUUUGAGUACCUGAUGCAACUGAACACCAUCGCUGGGCGCACGUAUAAUGACCUCUCCCAGUACCCAGUGUUCCCCUGGGUUCUGUGUGACUACACCUCUUCGGUUCUGGACCUAGAGGACCCUGAAGUGUUCAGGGACCUGUCCAAACCCAUCGGUGUGGUCAACUCCAAACACGCCCAGAAUGUCAGAGAGAAGUAUGAGAGCUUUGAGGACUCUACAGGCACCAUCGACAAGUUCCACUACGGCACACACUACUCAAACGCUGCCGGGGUCAUGCAUUACAUGAUCCGCAUGGAGCCCUUCACCACCCUGCACAUCCAGCUGCAGAGCGGCAGGUUUGAUGUUGCAGACCGACAAUUCCACUCCGUGCCAGCGGCCUGGCAGGCUCGCAUGGAGAGCCCCGCUGAUGUCAAAGAGCUCAUCCCCGAGUUCUUCUACUUCCCAGAGUUCCUGCAAAACAUGAACGGCUUUGACUUGGGCAGCUUGCAGAUGUCCCAGGAGUCAGUGGCAGACGUGUUACUACCACGCUGGGCCUCGUCCAGGGACGACUUCAUCAGGAAGCAUAGGAAGGCCCUGGAAUGUGAGCAUGUGUCCAGUCACCUCCAUGAGUGGAUUGACCUGAUCUUUGGUUACAAGCAGAGAGGCGAGGAGGCCGUGGAGGCCCUCAAUGUGUUCUACUACUGCACUUAUGAGGGCGCCGUGGACUUAGAUGCCAUAGCCAAUGAGACAGAGCGCAAGGCCCUGGAGGGCAUCAUCAGCAACUUCGGCCAGACCCCCUGUCAGCUCCUCAAGGAGCCUCACCCCCCUCGUAUGUCAGCCCAGAGUGCGUCCAGACGGCAGGCCCGCAUGGACACUCUGCCCCUCAACCUGUUUGAGCAUCUGGACAAGCUGCGACCUUUUGUGGAGGUGGUGAGUGAUGGCAUACCCCUGGUCCAGGCGAUAGUCCCAAAGACCCAGAACCGCUCCUUCAUCAUCCAAGGAUCCGAUGUUCUGGUGACAGUGAGUGCCAACGGUCUGAUAGGGACACACAGCUGGCUGCCGUUUGACAAGAACAUUGCCAACUACUUCACCUUCACCAAGGACCCCACUGUGCUCAAUCCCAAGACACAACGUUUCCUGAGCGGGCCUUUCUCCCCGGGCGUGGAGAUCAGUGCCCAGGUCCUGGUGGUCUCCAACGAUGGGCGCCUGCUAUUCAGCGGCGGCCACUGGGACUGCAGCCUGCGUGUCACCCAGCUGGGCAAGGGCAAGCUGGUGGGCAGGAUCUGCCGGCACAUCGAUGUGGUGACGUGCCUGUCUCUGGACCUCUGUGGAAUCUACCUCAUCUCUGGCUCCAGGGACACUACUUGUAUGGUCUGGCAGGUCCUACAGCAGGGUGGCUUCUCCAGUGGCCUGUCUUCUCGCCCAGUGCAAGUCCUCUGUGGCCACGACCAGGAAGUCAGCUCAGUGGCCAUCAGCACCGAGUUGGACAUGGCUGUCUCAGGAGCAAAGGAUGGGACUCUGAUAGUGCACAGUAUUAGGCGGGGCCAGUUCUUGCGGACAUUGAGGCCCCCAGGCGAGAGCUGUCUGCCAGCCUACGUCACGGGGCUGCAGGUGGGCAUGGAGGGCCACAUCGUGGCUCAGACUGCUCUGGACGGCUGCUCUGUUGGGAAGGAGAAGUACUCGCUCCAUGUGUACUCGGUCAACGGCCGUCUCCUGGCGUCCGCCACCCUGGAGGAGCAGGUGACGGCUCUGUACCUGGCAGCCGACUACGUCAUCCUGGGCACAUCCCAGGGCAACCUCCAUAUCCGAGACCUGCUUAGUCUGGACUUGGCAGUGAAGCCCCUGGCCCUGAAGGUGCCUGUGAGGAGUUUGUCUGUGACCAAGGAGGGCAGCCAUAUCCUGGUGGGCCUGGAGGAUGGCAAGCUCAUCGUGGUGGGCGCGGGGAAACCAGAGGAGGUGCGCUCAGGACAGUUCUCUCGUCGACUGUGGGGCUCCACCCGACGGAUCUCCCAGGUCUCUUCUGGUGAGACAGAGUACAACCCAACAGAGUACACUGCGAAGUGAGAGAGGCCCUGGGAAGACUGGGUCCCUUAGACCCUGGGGUCUAUAGACCUCUGGCUCACACUGUGUCUCUCCUCCUGCCUUCCACAUUCUUCCCAUGCCCAGCUCAGCUCUGGGCUCUAGUUUUUGAACUCUCUGGGAGAGCAGCUACAGAUCUUGCACUUGUUUCUACAAAAAGGGAAAAACCUUUUUAACGCAUUUUUUUGAGCCUGGUGUUUUUUUGCUUUGUUUUUAGACUGCGUCAUUCCAAAGAAUGUCUAUGUUUUAGCGGACAAAGAGGAGUGCUCUUUUUAGAUGAGUAUAGUCCUUGAAAACGAUUACUGUGGAGGAAUUCUUUGUGGUGAGCCUAGUCAUAUCUAUAAGCCUGGUGACUCACUCUGGAACACACACACGCCUACACACAUGCACACACACACACACACACACACACAUACACACACACACAGACACAGUGCAGUAUGAGGGGAAGAAUGCUGUGAACUCUCUAUGUUCCCACCUCCUUUUUUCAGCAUCCCUUUUUUCCUCCUUUCUUUUGAUUGUUUCAAGGCCAGUGGUUUGGCAACGGCACCUUGACUCCUCGAAACUUGAAGACUAAUGUUGCUUGAGAUUUAAAUGCUGUAGUACCAGUGUGUACCACUAGUGGGUCUACUUUCUCUGCAUUUAAGUGUGUCUGUGUGUUGUGGGUCGAGCUGCUUCUGUGUGCUAUUCGUACAGUAGGUCAGUGCUGGACUAUGCACAUUAAUUGAUAAAGGUCCAAAAAAAUAUAUUUCUGGGUCAACUCAAAUAUUGAACUGAGUGUACAUGACAUGCCUGUAUGCAAUGCUCAACAGAUAAAGCAAUAAUGGUGUUGUGGUCAAAGGUAUAAUUUCUCGUGAUUGUGAAGCUUAGAAGGUAUAAUUUCUCGUGAUUGUGAAGCUUAGAAGCAACCAGUGUCUGUAGAGGAAAGACCAAAAGCCCACUUACCUUACAAAGAAGAGAAGACAGCCUUGUUUUAUUACAUGUAAAUAACUACUGUAUAUUAGUUUGUUCUUUUCAAGCUACUGUGAGUGUAUUGUUCAGACUACUUUUAUUGAUAACUAAUUUCUGAUGUUGCUGCAAAAUUGGUAUGUUUUUGCAAAAUUGUCAUUGCUCAUCUUCUAAGAUGAUUUCUCCUUGCAAAGUAACCUUUUAUGUUUAAAAAAAUGUUGUUACAUUAACUAAAGUGCCUUUUUUACUUUCUAUUGUCUCUUUAACUGGAGCCUUAAACACACUGAAUUCCAGUAAGCUGGUAUAAUUACUAUACCAAGACUCACUCCCUUCAAUUUACACUUUCUAUCCUGUCACCUUUCUGUCCAUCAAAUUUGCUGCUGUAAAUGAUGUUUUAGAAAUAUAUCCUACACAAAACAGAUCCCACAUCCUCCAAAGCCUCACUUUGUAGUCGCUCUAUUCUUUGUGCAUCUUUAGUCUGAGUACACGUCUCUCGUUUGCUGUUGAAAGUUUGUUCUGCUGUUGUUUUAUUUCAAGAGGAACUGAAACAAAGAGAUAGUGUCUGUGAAACACAUUUGAGGAAAGACUCAGACGUGAGUGGAGGAAUGCACUUCCUGUCGGCCCCUGUAGUGUGGCCAGGGAUCAUCUGUUGUUAUGCACCAUCAUGAUGGAGGACAAUAAAGGGAACCGCUGGGCAAUUGCAAUACAGCACCAACAAAAUGGUGCCUGUUACACAUAUCUGGAUUACAGUGAAUUAUGAAAAAAAUACAGACAUAAUUAUAGCUUUGUGUGUGUGUGUGUGUGUGUGUGUGAAUGGGUGGGUUGGGGGGUCUGCUCGUAUUAUAUGUAUGUGUUUCAAUGUUCAGAAUCACAUUAACCAGUUAAUGUCUUAUGAUUCAGUUGAGUCUAGAUAUUUGUUGAAAAGGUGAGUCUGAAAUGGCUUGUUUCAAUGUAAAUGACAGUGUUUCCCCUAGGUUUACAGCUUUGGGGGGGGGGGGGGGGACGACCAUGUAGAGACAGAAAUGACAUGCCGCCGUGUAAAUAAGUAAAUAACAUAAGGCCAUUUAGUUUGUUUAAUAAAUGAGCACGCUAUAGACCUGUUUUAUAGGAAAGGUAACCUUAAAUGACUUAUUUUGGGAUCGGGCGCUAUAUAUAAAAUAUAAAACAUUUUUUAUUAACUUGACCUUCCAGGGGGGGCGGGGAGGUGCCUUUGGGGGGGCGGGGGGCCCCCCUAAUAUAAUGGUAGGUGAAACACUGAAUGUCUGUAUUUGCUGUAUUCUUUGUACAGGAGUGUCUUUUGCAUCAUUAUAAAAGUCAGCUGCUUUUCAUGAUCCUGAUGAAGCAUUGUGUGAGACUGGUGUAUGUUGUCCUACAUGAAUGUAUGUUUUUUUCACUUAACUAUGCAGCCGUGCUGACCUGUUUCCAGUUUAAUCUUCCUGGCUGACCACACACCUCAGUCCUCCACCUAGGACACUACACUGAAUGCAUAGUGUUUAUAUGUGACAGCUUUGUUUCAAAGUUCCAUCAUCUGUACCCCUGCACAAUCCAACUCAAGCCUUAGAGCAGCACAGGGCUACCUUGGUUCUGGAUCUGCUCUUUUGUAAUCACUAUUUUGGUGUUUGUAUUUUUCUCUCAAAGUGUUCAAAAUACAUACUUUUUUUAACUGCC